UGUUUCUUCAUGUAAUCCCAGAAAGAAUCAAUGAUGGUGAAAUCAGAUUACCGGUAUACCGGCUGUUGUCAGACUCAUUGUGCAUAUAAACAUCUCACUGGAUUAUUACAAUUAAUGGCUAAAUGCAUGUUUGGAAAUGUACACUGAUAUUUCCUUCUGACACACUACAGCAACAUUUUGAUUUAGUCAAAAACUAAGUAAUACAGUUAAAUAGACAUGCUUCUGAAUGUUAUAUAUUUGUUACAUCAGCUAAUUUUGUUUUUAAAUGUUGUUUCUCUUUGCAGGACCACGCAAUGGCAGAUUUUGCAUAGGUCUGUGGAUAGAAUUGGUUCAAUUGUUAAUAGGCAUCCCAUUGACUUUGAUUAUCUCCACUUUGUUUGCUGUCAGGAGUUACAGUUUGUUCGAGCUGGAGCAUCAUAUAUAGACAUACCCCAGGGUGUGGUGGAUGCUCUAGAACAGUUAAAUGUAGUUAUCUCCAAUUACCUUUCACAGAGUAUUGUCCCUCCAUUGUUGGACAAUGUAGCUGUGGCUGAAUGGAGUGGAAGUGUGGGGCGUCCCAGAUUAAACAUACAAAGAGAAACACUCCAAAAUUUGCUCAGCAUGCACUUACCUCUGGCCUCUUUGGCUGAAGUGCAUGGCAUUUCAAGAUCAACCUUAUACAGGCGAAUGAAAGAGGAAAGUCUGUCUGUCAGGAGCAACUAUUCUGAUAUUUCUGAUCAUGAGCUUGAUCAGAAAGUUAGAUCUAUAAAGGCAAGAACACCUCAUGCUGGAUACAGGCUGGUGAAAGGGUCUCUACAAGCAAUGGGACACCGAGUUACAUGGAGAAGAGUAAAGAUGUCUUUGCAACGUGUAGAUGGUGCAGGGGUACUUUCAAGGAUGGUCCAGCUGUCAUGCGUCGCAAGACGUACAUACUCUGUUCCUGCACCUUUGUCUCUUGUCCAUAUAGACACUAAUCACAAGCUGAUAAGGUACAACAUAGUGAUUUUUGGGGCUAUUGAUGGCUUUUCAAGGAAGAUCUUUUACCUGGAUGUUGCUGGGAAUAACAAAGCCAAAACAGCUUUUGGGUUUUUCAUGGAUGGAAUAGAAAAAAAUGGAUGGCCAUCAAGAGUACGAGCAGACCAAGGGGUGGAGAAUGUAGACAUUGCUCGGUGCAUGUUUACUGUGCGAGGAACUGGCCGUGGCAGCUUUAUUGCUGGAAAAAGUGUGCAUAACCAAAGAGUGGAACGGCUAUGGAGAGACGUUUGGACUGCUGUAACAUCAAGUUACUACAAUGUUCUCCACAGCUUGGAAGAGGAGGGAUUACUUGACCUGUCCAAUGCCGUUCACCUAUUCUGUGUGAGAUAUGUUUUCAUCCCGAGAAUACACACAGAUUUGCAGCAUUUCAUAGAGAUGUGGAACUGCCAUCCCUUGCGAACAGAGGGAAAUUUGUCACCGAAUCAGCUUUGGAAUAUUGGAAUGUUGCAAGCACCUGUGUCAGAGCCUGAUUUUGCAGAGAUAUUGCAAGCUGAGGAAUUAUUCUCCCAGAAUUCACAGCGUGUUGACUCUGAGCAUGGAGUCAUUGUCCCAGAGAUACCUUGCCCCUUGUCACCUGAAGAUUUUGCUACUUUACAGAAUCAAGUGAACCCCAGCGUUGAGUCCACUUGUUUUGGUUAUGACAUCUACUUACAAGCAUGUGAAUUAGCUGUAGAUUUAAUGUUAUAAA